AUGUCGUGGUCUGCUACACGAGUUUCCGCCCUUCGAUCGCUCAAGGCAUUGGGUAGAAGACAGGUGAUUGGAUCCAAUAAUAGUAAUGUGGCUCUUCGCAGUCUAUCCUCGACGGUUGGAUUGUUUUCUUCCAUGCAUCGACACCAAAAUGCACCCACCAAACAACAAAUAAGCACCAGUGUCACCAAACGCUGCUUUUCCUCUGAAGAAGAUCCUCUUUCCGAACCACGAGAAGCCAUGGCGUUUGAUGUGCUCAUUGUCGGUGGUGGACCUGCUGGACUAGCAGCUGCCAUUCGAAUCAAACAGUUGUGCCAAGAAACAGGAAAGGAAUUAAGUGUCUGUGUCAUUGACAAGGGAAGUGAAAUUGGAGCCCAUAUUCUAUCUGGCAAUGUGUUUGAUCCAAAAGCACUCCAUGAACUAUUUCCCGACAUGGCAGACAAGAAUUCGGACAAUCAUUGGACCAAAGUCUUUGAAAAUGAACAAGGUUCCUCAGCCACUCCCGUCCAACACGAUCAAUUUCUAGUUCUCACAGAAGACAAAUCCAUGGGUAUUCCCCAUUUUCUAUUGCCUUCACAACUCCACAAUGACGGAAACUAUAUUAUUUCACUCAGUCAACUCUGUCGAUGGUUGGGCAAAAAGGCAGAAGAAUUAGAAGUCGAAGUAUAUCCAGGAUUUGCCGCUUCCGAAGUGGUCUUGGACGAAGCUACUGGAGCCGUCAAGGGAAUUGCCACCCGGGAUGUGGGCAUUGGAAAAGAUGGACAGCCCAAGGCUACAUUUGAACGUGGCUCGGAAUUGCAUGCACGACAAACACUCUUUGCCGAAGGAGCCAGAGGAUCCUGUUCGGAAUUUCUCAUUGAACAUUUUGAUUUGAGGGAAGAUGGACAUCCACAAACGUACGGAUUGGGAAUUAAGGAAGUUUGGGAAAUUCCCGAAGAAAACUUUCAACCAGGAUUGGUCCAGCAUACCUUGGGAUAUCCAUUGCAGAGUUCGGUUACCGACAAGGUCUUUGGUGGAACCUUUCUGUACCAUCAAGAACCCAAUCUCGUGUUGGCUGGUUUGGUAGUAGGACUGGACUACCAAAAUCCUUACUUGAAUCCGUACCAAGAAUUUCAACGAUGGAAGACUCAUCCCGAUAUUAAAAAACACUUUGAAGGUGGCACGUGUGUUUCUUAUGGAGCUCGUGUCUUGAAUGAAGGAGGGUACCACUCCAUUCCAAAAUUGACAUUUCCCGGUGGAGCCUUGCUGGGAUGCUCGGCUGGAUUUUUGAAUGCUGUCAAAAUCAAGGGUUCUCACACCGCACUCAAAUCGGGAAUGUUGGCCGCCGAUGCAACCUUCGAAGCAUUGACGGAGGAAGAGGGCGUGGACCCUGUCGCAGAUUCAUUUGAGUACCCGGAGGAUUACAAACCACAAGAGUUGACCGCAUACGAAUCCAAGGUGAAAGACUCCUGGAUCAAUGAUGAGCUAUACGAAGUACGCAACAGUCACGAAUCUUUUGCCCGAUGGGGCGUUGGGGGUGGGUUGGUGUACACUGGAAUUGCCACGCAUGUUACCAAGGGCCGCGAGCCAUGGACAUUGAGCCACACGGAAAGAGAUUCGGAAAAAACCAAGCAGUCCACGGACUUCAAACCAAUUGACUACCCUCCUCCCGAUGGCAAACUGACGUUUGACCUUUUGACAAACCUACAACGCAGUGGAACGUACCACGAAGAUGAUCAACCCAGCCAUCUUCGGAUCAAGCCCGAAUUAGGGGAUGUCCCAAAGAACGUUUCGUUGCAGGUAUACGCAGGACCUGAGCAACGAUUUUGUCCCGCUGGCGUUUAUGAAUAUGUAGACAACGAUGAGGAAAGUGGCCCUGACAAGAAAUUGGUUAUCAAUGCCCAGGUAAGCUUUGCUGUUCACUUCUUUCGACAAAAGUCGCCUCGUUUAUGA